UCCGUUGUCCUCGCCGAUGGUCAGUCACCCUUGACAUCCGUACCUUGCCAUCCUUACCACUUCGCCGCUGCCCCUUCUUUGCUUUCGACUUCACCCUCCUUACCUCUUCAAGCCCCUUUCGACUUCAUCACAACGGACGGCAAAGGACGAAGUUGCCCUGGCCUUCAACGCGCUCAAUCCCGCCGCGCCCUUUUUGCUCUUGCCCUCGCCCUUGACUCGUUGAUUCGCUGAGCGAAGAAAGAAGUGGGGCUAUCUCAUCCCGCAACUCGCAAGCCGCAGCCCGUACUCGACGCCCUCGACGCCCACCUCAUCAACAACGGCCCUCACCCUAUCACUCCUACGCUCCGGCCGCCAAUGAACCUUGACCGACUUUAGACCACCGCUGUCAUGUCCUCAUCUCGUGUCGAAGCCCACGAUGAAGACGCUGUAGCCCGUCUGCACGCGAGGAUGCUAGCUGCCAACUUCCAACCAGAGGUCGAAGACUACGACUCCCCGUCCUCGACCCACGACUAUCACCAGCAGCAAUGGAGCUACCAACCACACCUGCCCUCUUCCUCUUCUUCUUACCUUCUCCACCCUCGUGAUGCCUCGCCCGUCAUUGGGGGUGGUGGGUCAGCAGCGGCCGGCCCCUCGUCGAGGCGUGGUAGCCAUGGUCCCGGAGCGAGCUGGCCUCGCACUAGAGAUCUUUCAACCUCUUCUUCGGUGCCCUUUGGCGGAGCUUCGCGACGUGGAGAGCAGCGCAAUUUCAGCGGCGCCAUCUCCUCGCAUCGUGCCCCCACGACAGCGUCACAACGUCAUUUUCUUACUGUGAUCCCGCCAGAGGACUUCCCGAGCCAUCCUCGCAGCCUCUCCGCCUCCUCAAGUCGCGAGCAUAGCCGUCGUGGCACCCUCCUUCCCUUGUACCCAACUCUCAACGGCCAACUCUACGCCAUCGCUCGCGAGUACGGCCUUCCCUCCAUCGGCGGCCUAGCCAUCUACCUCUGUGAAGACGCCGAGGGCAAUUCGGGACCACGGAUCGGCGAAGCAUCUUGGCAGGCACUCUGGUCGGCCUACUUCGACGAGGAGCAACAGCAACAGCAACACUCCGAAGAUUCGCCUCUGCCCUCCAGCCGCUUCCCUGCUUCACCCUUUCGCUCCCCUUCCUUCCAGCAUGAGGCUCGAUCUGCGUCGAGUCAACUUCGCUCGCCUGCUUUUCCUCCGUCGCAAUCGAGAAGUGCUUCGCGCCGUAUCCCAAGCUCAGGCAGCAGUGUCGGUCGAACAUCACCGCUGCCCCCCACCAGCGAGGCAGACUACAGCGGUGCUCGACCGGGCUCGAGGUUGGCCGCUGCACUCCCUAUCGUUGGUCGAGUCGAGUGGACCGUGGAAAGGCAGAGGGCAGCAUGGUGGCCAGGCUGGGCAGGCGAGGCUUUAGAGUCAAGCAGCGACACGCCCAAUCGUGCACAAGCUGCGCGCAGGACGAGGAGCCUCAAGCUUUCAAAGGGUCUCACGCCUGCCAAGCCGGACCUGCGCAUCAUCUCUGCGCCUGUACGAGGCAAUUUGCAAGAGAGGAGCGAAGAUGAUGCCUCACCGCCAGCGCACACAGUCACGCCCUCAGAGCAGCAGAAGAGCAGUCGUCACGCUAGUCAUGACAGUCGCGCCAGCCGCAACACACUCGGCAGCCGUAGCAGCGUCGUAGACCGCGGCGUCGAGCCGGCUCAGCCCUCAUCGCCUCGUCAUUGGAGGCCGACUGGCGGCAGCAUACACUCGCAAAGCCAGCCUCUUGCUCACGCUACAAGUCAGCAGAGUAUUCCCGCCGAAAACGCUACCUACGCCGGCUACUCUGUGCUACUCGGCGAUGAUGCGGACACGAAGAGGGAUGCGGCACAGGAAGACGAGGACGGCGAAGAUGAGGAAAUUGAGGAGAUAGAUGACGAUGCUGACCGCACACAGCGUCGCUCGAAGCCGGUGUCCCGCCACGUCAGCAAAGCCAGCAUGGAGCUUCGUCGCCAGACUCAGGACGACUUCCCUGCUUCUGUCCGCAGCGAUGCACGCACUGACCCGCGCAGCUCAAUGCAGCGUCAGCCAUUCGAGAUUGUACCCGACUCGGACGAGAGCAUGUGGCAGGCACUACGUGAUGCCCCACCUCCUCCGGCUGAUGAUCACGGUGUGGACCUAGAAGAGCAGCCGCAACGCCACUUCCUUGGCGGGCGAGACGCGGGCCAUGUCACCGACUGGAUUCAGAGGACGGCGCAGAGCCCUGACUUGCUGCGGGAUCGAUCUGCGUUCGUGCAAGAAGACAUUCAGCACGACCUUGACGGUCAGAGCGAAGUCGACGAUGGAGAGGCAGCUGUGCCGCCCCAGGACGAUGUCAAGGAUGUCAUGGAGCUCUGGGCAGCCACUGCAGCCGCGCCUGCUCCUUCUUCUCAAGCACAAGUAGCCCAAGUGUACGGCAACUCGCUCGCUGUCUCUCGACAAGCGUCGGCGCCACAACUCCUCAGCCCAAUCGCGCUUGACGACAUGGCUGCAUUCGGCGGUGCGCCCCCUCAGCUUGGCAAUCUGGCCAGCUCUGGCGCAUCCAACUCAAGCUCCCUCCCUCAUGAACAGCCGCAACAACCGAACGUCAACCUAACCGCCCUCAAGCCCCCUCAACCCCCUCGCUCGCCCGGAGAUGCCAGCACACGCAGCAACUCGACCGAAGUCAGCGGCCUCGAAGAUUUCGAACGAGCACUAGAGCUCCUCUCCCCCGUCGCCUCAGGAAACGGGCACGGCUCUCCAUCCCUAGCAGCGCUACGUCUCGACAAUGGCGGCAAGAAGAUGUCCUCCCGAGAUAGCUUGGCCGCUGCGCGUACCCUGUCUACUAGCGUAACCCCUUCGCCUCGAUGGCUCCAGAAGAAUCGUGGGUCCACGCAGGGCAACCAGCUGAGGCAGCGGGAGAUCAGAGAGACAGGCAGCGCGGCUGGACGUCGUCCCUUCUCUAGCCCGGCAACGGCUGUUGCUCCUUCGCCUCAAUUCCUCGCAUCGGUCUCAGCUACGCCAGCCACGGUGGAGCGCACCCCUCGCAAUGAGUCGGGCAAGUCCCUCGAUGCAAGCUACGUCUUUCCGCCUGGACGCACAGUCAUCCCGCCCGUCAGCUCGCCGCUGCGUGGGUUUGCAAGUCUCGAGGAGUCGCCGCAGCAACCGCUUGAGAAGCAGAGCGUAACAGGAGAUGGCAGUCCGGGAGUGACGGCGCAGCAACAGGUUGAUCACGAUGAGCAGCCUUUGAAUGACGGCGAGGCAUCGAGAUCGCCCUCCCUCGGCAAGCGCUCGCCAGUCAGCGAUCGCCAUUCGCCCACAAUAGAGUCUAUCAGAGAGGACGGAACUGGGGCGAGUGAGGUAGACGAAGUACCAGAGAUUCGCGACAGCGCUUCCGCUGCCCCGUCAAGUCGAGCAGCCAGCAUCAUCGAGCAUCACGCGGCAGAGCUCGACGACGAGGAAGAAAGAUUCGCAGAAGAAACAGCUGCUGGCGGCAUGACUGCUUCAUCCUCAUCCGCCUUCACUCUCGGCGCAGAAACGGACGCUCAGACGGAGGGUGAGGCCGAUUUUGGCGACGACGUCACGCCAGACUACGACACGAGCCAAGCCAGUGCUCGCGGCAUGGGACGCUCCACCCCGACGUACAGCCACGCCGACUCAACGCUUGAUUCUUCGAGCCAUGCACCACGAUCCUACGGUCUGCAGUCCCCUACCCGUUCCCGCCACUCUGGGCAGCACGAUGAGCAAUCUGUCGUCAUCUACGACUCGCCGGGCUCUGCGUCGUCUAUUGCUACCGAGCUGCGCGAUGAGAGGAGAGACUUUGGCGAGCCCGGCGAAGCCCAACCCCUGGACGAAGACCACACUGAGCAGCAGCAGCACUAUCGUCAACUCGCCUCGUCUCCUCGCACCUCACAUUCAAAGCCCGAGCCCGCUGCCCGCAGCUCGGACCCAGACACAACCGUGCAGCCCCUUCCUCCGCGCGUAGUCGACUUUGACCCGACUUUCAGCAGCCCAGCAACCAUGCAUCGCACCUCUCUCGACUCGCAACAAUCUCGCGCAACUAGCUCGCCACAGGAGUCACAUUUCUGGAAGCAUACCGUUGUGGCGCCACCCAAUGACCACGGAUACGGUCACGAGGCGGCACCCUCGUCGACGUUCCCUCCUGGUACCCCGGUUAGCUAUGCGAGCACUGAAGCCGCCGUCACGCCUGCGAUGCACCAUCUGCCCCGUGCGAUCGACGGUCUCUCUCCGCAGUCCAUCAGCGGCGGCGGGAGCGAGGAGAAUGUUCCGCCUUCUAUCUCGCGUAUGAUCCGCGGCCAGAGCUUCUCGGCUUCCUCCAUUGCCGUCACGCCGGAGCGCCUCCUCACUCCCACAGAUGAGCCUGAGCAGGCAGUCAGUGAGGAGCAUUCCCACACGCCCGUAGCUAGGGUAGAGAAUGUCUCACCCGCGCAAGAAGUCAAGCAUGAGUCGGUUUCGGACGUCCGCCCCAUGUCAUAUCAGUCGAGCGAUGGGUGGAGCCAAGAGGAUGGGCGGUAUAGUCACUUCUACGAUGAGCCGCUGCAAAGCGGAUCCAACUCUGGUACCACAUCCAAUCUUUCGCGCCUCGGCGAGUAUGGACCUGAGACGCCCUCCUUCUACCUCGAACAGCAGCUGGACAGCUCACGACCCACGAGCUUCCAGCCGAGCGACAAGGACGUAGAGAACAGGCGUAGUGGCUCUGAUGGGGAGGGCAUCGGUUUGGGUUUCUCUCCCGGCCCAUCGCCUCUGGCCACUCAGCCGCCCUUCAACGAGCAACUCUCCGAGGCGCCAGCACCCCCAACCGACGUCUCGGACGACUUGGAUGCGAUGCUUUCCUCAAUCAAUGCGUUCAACAGCAGUGAACGUGGCUGGUCACGCCCCUCCUCGGCACGCAGCCGCGGUACCACCAGUCCUCACGCUCCAACGCAGCAGGACGGUCGCGCCCCCUCGCGGAACGUCUUUGAGGAUCGUGACGUCGCCACCAUGACGCAAAAUACGCGGGAAGCGGUCCGCUCAGCUCUGACCAACAGCGAACGUUUCGCGCACGAAAGGGUACCCGCGCGCUCCUCCCUCACUUCCUCGAAGAGCAUGACCAACCUGCAAGGCCUGUCGCACGCACAGGGGCUGGCAGCACGACGCUCCCUCUCCCCUCAUCGGAGAGCGUCCAUCGGUGAGCUCAAGCUGGCCGCCUUGAGCCCGAGGGCCGCUACGCUCUUCGCAACUUUGCCGCCAUCUCCGAGCGUGCCUGAGCAUGCAUUCGCGGGUGCGGCGGCGGCGGCUGGGCAAAUGCAGCCGAUGAGUCCCUUGUCGACUACCGUUUUCGGAGAGAGGGCAACGAGGCCCGGCGUCGCGCCGUCUGAAUCGGAGGAGGGCGGUGAAGGAGAGGAUGAUCGGCUCCUCGGGGCUCAAUGAUCAAGACAGGGCGAAAUGAAGGGCGACAAAAAUCGAGCGAUUGUGGCUGCUCGGUGCUCGGUGCCAGGUACGGUACAAAGUCCCGGCGUGGGCACAACCAUCAUGUAACACAAUUUCCGGCCGCCUUUAUCGCUAUUCGCUCCGCUUUCGCAUUCGCAACUACUGCAGCCCUCUCAGCCUGCGCAAUAGAGAACGUUCCACUCAGGAA